CCCGAAGACCGUGAGAGGCGCGACCAGCCAUUCCGAUUCCGGCUCCAUCUCUUCUGUUCUCCACUCUUCCCUUCCCCCACAACCACGGCAAAGUCCUCUCUUUACCCUUCUCUCUUCCGUCUAACUCCCUCUGCAUUUGGAAGUGUACAACCAGCUUACUGCUUCCGCUUCCCUCUCUCAUUACCGCUUCUGUUUUGUUUCAUCUGUUGCGCUCGACGACUAUGGAUCGACGGAUCACUUAAAAGUCCGACCUUGCAACCAACUAAUGCCCGUAUAUUUCAAAUCGUUUUAGAGUUUAGAAUCUACCGGCUUUGGAUUUUUCUUGGGUCGCUCCUUCUCGUGAUCGGCCGCAUUCAGCUGUGGUUUCUUUGGUGGCGAUGGUGAACGACGGCGAGCAAUCCGCGAUCGCCGCCGCUGCCGUCGAGCCUGGCGUGGAGCGGGGCCGCGUAGGCGGCGGCGGACGGCGGCUCGCGGAGGAGAGCUCAAACGAGGAGGAGGGGAGCCAGUGCUUCUCGGACGCCGAGGACCGGUCCUGGCACUCGCACUCGCGGCAAGGCUCCGCCUUGGAGGACUGCAUCUCCACGUCAGGGACCGGCGUCGGGGACGGGGCCGAGCGCGGCAGGAAGUCGUGCGUGUCGGAGUGCUCGCUGGACGACGUCGACCUGGAGGCCGGGCUGGCCGAGAUCACCAAGGCCAGCCCCGACAAGACCGAGAGGAACUGCCGCAUCUGCCACCUCGGCCUCGAGAGCGACGCCGAGUCCGGCGCCGGCAUCGUGCUCGGCUGCUCCUGCAAGAACGACCUCUCCUGUGCCCACAAGCAGUGCGCCGAGACCUGGUUCAAGAUCAGAGGCAACAAAUCCAACAUUCAUGAAAAUAACUUUGCGACUACAAGAUUUCAAGGGGAAAAAAGCAGCAAGUGCCCCUUCAAUUCAAAUGUUUCGAUGAUGUGGAUUCCGUUGACCAGUGGAAUGAAUCAAGCAACACUGCAGCUGCCCAAGCAACAGCCACUGAACCUCGGAGGUUUUGGCAAGGGCAUCGGUUUCUCAACUUUCUUCUUGCUUGCAUGGUGUUUGCUUUUGUUAUAUCUUGGCUCUUCCACUUCAACGUUCCUGGAUGAGUCCUGGUGCGCAUUGGUCUCAAUUAAAGCUCCAAAGCCAUUAAGCAAACUGGCUGAGCUGAACUGGAGUUUUGAAGAGAAUUGCUUGGGUGAAAGAUGAUGCGAAUUUUGUGGAGAGUAUGACAACAAAUGCAGCAAAAAAAAUGAAAGGAGGGCUAUUUUGUAAGAUUGUGAAAUGGUGCACAUUUGUAGUUGAUGCUGGAGACGAAAGCUGGAAAUGCAAGAUCUCAUGCUUCGUUAGCAUGCUUUGACCACAUUUCCUUAAUUGGAUUAUCAUAUAUUCUCCGUUUGCUUA